CACCAGUGUGCGCAAAGCAAGUCUAAAUGAGAGGAUUACGACGCCUCUCCCUAGCCUCAGUGGCUAUGGUUUGGGGCAGGGUUCCCUGCAGACUAAACAGCAGAGGGGGACAACCCCCCGCUCCUUUGGGAGCGAGGAUUCUGACCAACCCUGAGGACGUCUUCCAGCAUAACAUGUGGGACCAUGUGAAAUGGUCUGAGGAAGAGAAAGAAAAAGCCAGACAAAAGGCAGACGAUAAUUCUAGCUUACGCAUUCCAUUAGAAGAGCAAGGCAAAUAUGACAUAGACGCCUGUAAAUACUGGGACAGCUUUUAUGAGAUGCACCAGGACAAGUUCUUUAAAGAUCGCAAGUGGCUGUUCUUGGAGUUCCCAGAGCUUCUUCCUUUGGGGUUAGGGAGCAGUGCUACUGAGGAGAGACCGUGUGGGCUGCGGGCCCCAUGCCCAGAGCCUGGUGUGUCCGGUAGGGAGAAAGAGAUGGGCCAGCAGCGGCAACGUGCACCCAGUCACCAGCACAUAGAUCCACUGACUAGUGAUUGCCAGCAGUCCUGUAAUCAAGAUGGGAGAGACACUGCAGGGGCUGCAAGGCAGCCCAGCUCUUUCCCAGGCGAACAUGCAACUUUCAGGAUCUUAGAGGUUGGAUGUGGGGCUGGUAACAGUGUGUAUCCUAUUGUCAGCUCUAUUAAAAACACAGGGGCAUUCUUAUACUGCUGUGACUUUUCCCCUCGUGCUGUCCAGCUGGUCAAGGACCACCCAGACUAUGACCAGUCUGUGUGUCACGCCUUUGUUCAGGACGUCUGUGACGAGGUGGGCUCCUUUCCGUUCCCUCCACUGAGCCUGGAUGUUAUUCUGCUGGUCUUCGUGCUGUCCUCCAUUCACCCCGAGCGAGUCCAAGGAGUUGUGACCCGGUUGUCUCAAUUCCUGAAACCCGGAGGGAUACUCCUCUUCCGGGAUUACGGCAGAUAUGACCUAUCACAACUACGGUUUAAAAAAGGUCGAUGCUUGUCAGAGAAUUUCUACUCCCGGGGAGAUGGAACUUGUGUUUAUUUCUUCACAAAAGAUGAAGUUCACAGUUUAUUUUCCAGUGCUGGUUUGGAAGAAAUUCAGAAUCUGGAGGAUGGGCGACUACAGGUGAACAGAGGGAAGAAAGUUGUAAUGCGCAGAGUGUGGAUGCAAAGCAAGUUUAAAAAACCUCAACCACUAGCACCACCAUCAUAGUCUACCACCACUGUCCCUGCUCGGACGAACAUGUUGCCCCAUGUUGGCUUUACCAAGGACUUGUCUAUCCAAAUCAGAGGUCAGAGGGAGGUCAUAAGCAUGUCUCAGUGCAGUGAGAUGUGUUAGUGUGAUGCAUUUACAGUACCACUGGGAUGGUCAACUAUCGGGCUGAGGGAGUGGUCAACUAUCGGGCUGAGGGAGUGGUCAACUAUCGGGCUGAGGGGGUGGUCAACUAUCGGGCUGAGGGAGUGGUCAACUAUCGGGCUGAGGGGGUGGUCAACUAUCGGGCUGAGGGAGUGGUCAACUAUCGGGCUGAGGGAGUGGUCAACUAUCGGGCUGAGGGAGUGGUCAACUAUCGGGCUGAGGGAGUGGUCAACUAUCGGGCUGAGGGGGUGGUCAACUAUCGGGCUGAGGGGGUGGUCAACUAUCGGGCUGAGGGAGUGGUCAACUAUCGGGCUGAGGGAGUGGUCAACUAUCGGGCUGAGGGAGUGGUCAACUAUCGGGCUGAGGGAGUGGUCAACUAUCGGGCUGAGGGAGUGGUCAACUAUCGGGCUGAGGGAGUGGUCAACUAUCGGGCUGAGGGAGUGGUCAACUAUCGGGCUGAGGGAGUGGUCAACUAUCGGGCUGAGGGAGUGCCUUCUGGUUGUUGUGUGCUUAUUAUGGGUUUCACAUGCCAUGUAUGUAAAACUCACUUUUUGUAAGGAGACAAAUGUAAUUUAUUUGUCUGGUUGAGUGUAUGCAUAUAUAAACAUAUUUAAUUAAACAGUUGAAAAAAAUGAAAAUCUGUGAAUGAUACUGUCAUAAAAAUGAAUUAUUUGUACCUUCCUUAGUUGGACAUCUAACAAUACAUUAAAAGUGUACCUGCUACA